CUUUCCUCUCCCAUCACACUGCGCCUCUGACCGUUGCCCUUCGCUGUCCUUCUUCACUGCUUACUGAGGGACCUGCGAACACAUACCGGGGCGGCGCAUCCUUCCUUGCCUUUAAGAGACUAACACACGACUGCACUGCGCUAUGUCCAGGUUAAAGAAGAGGGUGCAGCGCCACUUUGGCGACAGCCUGAGUCCAGAUGAAGCCUACUUGAGCUACCACGACGUGCGCUUAACGAACGGAGACGUCGACAGCAUCAAGAACGACUGGCUCACCGACAAUGCCAUCGCCUUCUGGGAAGAAUACAUCGAACGGGAACACCUCUCGGCCUACCCGCAAGCCAACAUCGUCCUCCUCCGACCCAGCAUGUCCUUCAUGCUCAUGAACACGCCGGAUCCUCUCACGCUCAAGGACGUCCUCCCAAACUUCAAAGCCACAACCCACAUCUUCCUCCCCGUCAACGACAACGUCGACCCCACCGCUGCCGAAGGCGGCACCCAUUGGUCCCUCAUCGUCGUCUCGGUCAUCGACGGCGUGGCCUUCCACUACGACUCGCUGGCCCCUUCCAACGACCGCGAAGCCCGCGCCACGACGAAACAAUUGAGCAAAUUGCUGGGGAAACCGCUCAGGUACAUGGCCAUGCAAGAUACCCCGCAGCAGGAAAACGGCAGCGAUUGCGGCGUCUACGUCUGCCUGCUGAUGCGGCACCUCCUCCUCAAGCGCCUGCUGCGGCACGACUCUCGCUCGAAGAUCAGCAUGAGUAUGCGCGACCAGGAUGUGGAUGCCAAGGGGGGACGGAAAAUGAUGGUCAAGAUCAUCGAGGAGAGGAGAAAGGAGGCGGAGAAGAGGCGCUCGAGAAGCACGUCGCCGUUCGGCAGUCGGAAUGGUUCGCAUUCCGGGAGUCCACCGAGGAUAGGGGACGAUACUGAGAGUGGGUGAAGAGGAGGGAUAGCGGGAGGCGUGUGUAACGAUACAACGAAGUAUAUGGUUGGCGAUAUCCGUGAAUCAAGGCGUUGCAGGUGUUUUGUCAGAACCGGAGAGCUUUUUCGUCAUAUUGCUACGAUAUACCUGGUGUUUCUGGCUUUGUUGUGGGGGGUUGUCUGGAGGAAACUCCAUAUGGGUUCGGGUACGAGCAUUUGAGCAUGUGCUGGAAUAUUUGGCAUGAGCAAUGGGCGUUGGGAUGGAUGUAAUGACGAUGGGGCAUGUAACCUGGCGGGCAAGUAUCGUAUAUGAAGGCUUAGUGAUACCAAUGCAGCAACAAUUCGGAAGUCUUUUAUUUCAGUCCUGAAUCCCCUUUCCCAGAAUAUGUUUCAUUGAAAAGACUGGUCUACGCUUCAGAAGACGGGCUAGACAUUGCGAAGUCAUUUUCUUAAUCGCAC